CUCAAGUCAGAGACACGCGAUCCAGAGUUAUAAGGCAGCUGAAAUAUGCUGUACAUGCGGAUUAGCUGUGAAAUGAGUGUUGACAGUGGUCAUUACAGAAAUACAAGAAUUUUGAUAAGCCUGUUUAAAUAAUCCUGAAAUAUUAUGGCAGAAAACAAAAGUUCAGGCACCUGCAGUUUUCUCUGUACUUGUAUACUCACAACAGCAUUCUGGAGCAUUAUCUCUACCACAGCAGAAAAUGUUUUUAAAGCAAACUAUUCAAAGAAACAGCUAGUUACUGUUCCUAUGAACCUAUCUACACAAACAACAGUGUUGGACUUGUCACACAACAAUAUCACUGAACUACAGAUGUCUGAUUUUCAUUCACUUUCCAGACUACAGACACUCAUUCUGUCGUACAACCGAAUCAGAGAGUUUGACUUCAGUGUUUUCCAAUACAAUACCAAUUUAGAACAUCUGGACGUAUCUCACAACAACUUGCAGAUGCUUUCUUGUCAUCCUAUGCUACGUCUCAGGCAUCUAGAUCUCUCUUACAAUAACUACACAGCCAUGCCCAUAUGCCCCAAGACUGGAAAAACAUUGAAGUUGGAAUAUCUUGGCCUCAGUCUUAAAAGAAUUCAAAAAUCAGAUUUCCAUGCUCUAGCUCAUUUACAACUAGAUACUCUCUUCUUGGGCUUAGAAUACCUCUCUGAAUAUAGCUCUGGAAAUCUUCCAGUGUUUAGUGCAAAAAACCUUCAAAUUGUACUGCCCCUGAAUACAGAAUUCCGGAUUUUAUUGGAUUUAGAACUCAAUAUUACAGAAAAUUUACAACUUUCAAAAAUUGAACAAAACCAAGUCUCUGAUCUUUCAACAUUUUUGUUAAUGCUCAACAAAAAUGGAAGAUUGCAGAACUUAACAGUGAGUAAUGGACAACUUUCAUGGGAAUGCUUGCUUGCUGUGUUUAAGAUCGUGUGGCAAUCCACUGUUGAAUAUUUCACUGUCGAUGAUACGACCAUUACAGAAUUCAGUUCUGAACCAUUACAUGACAUUCCUACUUCAGUAAAAGCUUUAGUUAUUAACAAUGCUAAAUUCAACAAUUACUUAUUUGAUCAGAAAAUUGUAUACCAGUCCUUUUCAGAUAUGAACAUUGAAUUCUUGACAAUUGUUAGGACAGGUUUGGUACACAUGGUUUGCCCUUCAAAACCAAGUCAAUUUACCUACAUAAAUUUUUCAGAUAAUGCAUUGACUGACUCAGUUUUCCAAGGAUGCAAUCACUUGACCCUCCUAGAAACACUAGUUUUACAAAGCAAUAGUUUGAAAGAGCUUAGAAAAGUGAGUGCAAUGGCAGCUCUCAUGCAGUCUCUGAAAGAUUUGGACCUGAGCAAGAAUUUAUUACAGUAUGAAGACAAUAGGGAUAAGUGCCUAUGGGGAGAAAUGCUAGUUAAAUUGAACUUGUCAUCUAAUGUUUUGUCUGAGUCAGUCUUUUGGUGUUUGCCAGUCAAUAUUCAAAUACUGGAUUUGCAAGACAACCACAUUUCAAGUGUUCCUAAGGAGAUGAUUGAGCUGAACAAUUUAAAAGAACUACAUUUGGCUUUUAAUAAACUAAGUGCCUUGCCUGGCUGUGGUCAUUUUAGAGGUCUCCAGUUACUAAAUGUAGAAAGUAAUUUAGUUGCCUCGAACUCUUCCGAGUUCCUCCAAAGCUGUCAGAAUAUCAGGACCUUAAAAGGAGGUCACAACCCAUUCAUGUGUUCCUGUGAGUUAAGGCCAUUCAUUAAUCUUGAAAAACAAGGAUCAGUGGAGUUUGUUGGUUGGCCUGACUUGUACACAUGUGACUAUCCUCAGCAAUUAAAGGGAACACCUUUAACAGAUUUUCAUGUCUCUGAAGUUGCUUGCAAUGUGACUCUUCUGAUGGCUGUAGUUCUCAUUGUUACAGUGGUGGCCCUGGUUGCCAUUUCCGUCCUCUGUAUCUGUUUGGAUAUCCCAUGGUAUUUGAAGAUGACGUGGCACUGGAGUCAAGUGAAACACAGGGGUUGGAAGAGGACACCUGAGCACAUCCUCAAGGGCAUCGAGUUCCACGCCUUUAUCUCCUACAGUGAGCGUGAUUCUGACUGGGUGAAAAAUGUCCUGAUUCCAAAUCUGGAGAAGGAGGAUUCAUCCAUACGCAUCUGCCAGCAUGAGAGGAACUUUGUUGCAGGGAAGAGCAUUGUUGAGAACAUCAUUGACUGUACUGAGAAAAGUUACAAGACCAUCUUUGUGUUGUCUCCUAAUUUUGUGCAGAGCGACUGGUGUCAUUAUGAGCUCUAUUUUGCCCAGCACAAGGUAUUCAGUGAAAAUGCAGACAAUUUGAUCCUUGUUUUAUUAGAGCCCAUUCCUAAAUACGUAAUUCCAUCCAGGUACCACAAACUCAAAGCCCUCAUGGCCAAGAGAACAUACUUGGAAUGGCCAAAAGAAAAAAGCAAGCACGCACUUUUCUGGGCCAAUCUUCGGGCAGCCAUUCAGAUUACGCUUCCACAGAAUGAAGGUGAAAUGCAGCAAUUAUAGAUAAAAGUCAGUUUUCGUUGAGACCGAUAAACAGGUUUGGAGGCUAGGAGGAGCAGCGAAUACCACCCAGCUCCAGGGCAAUCCCUAGCAGUGCCAUCCUCUGCAGCUUCAACGUGGCAGACUGGUUGCUCUUCGUACUUACCAGAGGGUUGUUCACUCUUCUCUGUGGUGAGCGGAGUUAUGGAUGCCUGCUCAAAUAUUCAUCUUUCCUUAAAACUCCUUGGAAACUUUAGCUGUUUAUAAAAGUGUAACCUUUUUGAAAAUGUCCAAAGCAGAAGGAAGAAGAAAAUUUGGGGGAAAAUUUAAGUAUAUGCAAUACUUAAAUUCUGAUCUGUUCCACAGUUACUUCACUGCUUUAAGAACAUAAUAAUGAAUUGUGUGUAACUUAGCAUAUAAAAUUGUAUUUGUUAGUAUAGUGGUUGAUUUGGAGAGCAGAUGGGAUUCCAAAUGAGGCCGCUGGGUGAAAAGUAGGUAUAUCAACGGGACGAGGUCCACUAGGAGAACCAUUCACUAGGACAGUGGUGGCGAACCUAUGGCAUGCGUGCCACAGUGGGCAUGCAGAGCCCUCUCUUUCGGCACACAAGCCAAAUCACCUCAGCAUUGCUCCAGCAGCUGAGCAUCGGAUAACAGCGCACAUAGAGGCCAUGC